UCCCCGCUAUAAGAAACAAGACACUAUCCAAAGUACACUCCUCCCUUCCUUCGCACAAUCGAAGCUUUCUCCUGCUUUAAUGUUCUGUGAUUCCGACUCCUUCUUCUCCUUCUCCUGCCGUUCGUGUUGUCCCCGGUGCAGGGCUCAUUCCUUGACACGUUCAUCUGCACAGCCUACCUCGGGGUCCUUCGAACUCGGCGUGGUCACUGGACCGCCUGUAACGCCAAUGGACCUCCAAUGUCUGGCAACCUUUUCUUGCUUUUUGAGAUCGGUUGAAUGAAAUAUGCAAUGUUCGCAGGAGAGCCGGGUUCUUUUCUUUCUGCUCCACUUUGUCUUCCUAUUGGCGUCCGGACACGAUGAGCUCUCCGAGUUUGGCAGCUUUCUAUCCCCUAGAAAAGAUGACUUGCACGCGACAGAGUCAGAUCUGCCCAUUGUCCAUCCUGUGAAAGUCGACUUCGAUGGACGGUUCAUCUCCCAUACACUUUCCCAUCACUUCGGGAAUGGGCGACUCAAGCGGGAUCUGCGACCGUUGGAGCCAGAGACGGAGAGCCAACGGGUCUAUUAUCAGAUCGACUACAAAGGUCGGAGUCUCAUCUUCAAUCUGACGGCGAACACUCAGCUUGUUUCACUCGACUACGUUGUGGAGAGGAGGAACGGGAGUCUGAACAGGACGACGGAGCAGCAUCAUCGUCUCCCCUCCGCGGGAGAUCUCUGUCACCUGAUUGGCACCGUCACGGUCAACCAGGCGCGUGGCACCGCCGCCGUCAGCACCUGUAGCGGACUGAGAGGGCUCUUCUCCCUGCCCGAGGGACACUUCUUCAUCGAGCCAUCCCCGGGGGCCGCCGACGAAGAAGGACGGCAGCCGCACAUUGUGUAUCCCAGAGUUACUCCGGAAGGUCACCGGAGAGUCAGGCGCAGCUCACGCACCCAGGGAGAACAUGUUCCCUGUGGGGUUAAAGAUGGUCCGAAGGACUCCGUCCGGGUGGAGCGAGAGAGGGAUAACUGGGAGACGGAGGAGAACCGGGGUCCGUCGCGCUCACAGCGCUCCGUCAGCAGGGAGCGCUGGGUGGAGACAAUGGUGGUGGCCGACUCCAAACUCAUCGAUUACCAUGGCCAGGACAACGUGGAGUCCUACAUCUUCACCAUCAUGAACAUGGUGGCCGGGAUCUUCCAUGAUGCCAGUAUCGGGAACGCCGUCCACAUCAUUCUAGUUCGCCUCAUCCUGCUACAUGGGGAAGAGAAAGACCUGAAGAUUGUUCACCAUGCAGACACCACUUUAUCCAGCUUCUGUGCCUGGCAGAAGAACCUGAAUCCACAGAGUGACACGCAUCCUGCUCAUCACGAUGUAGCUGUCCUGGUUACCAGGAAGGACAUCUGUGCCGGGAUGAACCAGCCGUGUGAGACCCUGGGCUUGUCGCACCUGUCCGGGAUGUGCCAGCCGCACCGCAGCUGCAACAUCAACGAGGACUCGGGCCUCCCGGUGGCGUUCACCAUCGCCCACGAGAUGGGCCACAGCUUUGGCAUCCACCACGACGGCCAGGGUAACGACUGUGAGCUACAAGGCAGACACCCCUUCAUCAUGUCCAGGCAGCUGAUGUACGACAGCUCCCCUCUCACGUGGUCCUCCUGCUCCAAGGAGUACAUCACACGCUUCCUAGAUCGUGGUUGGGGCUUCUGUCUGGACGACCGGCCCUCCAAGAGAGAUCUGACGACGCCAUUGGCCCGUCUGGGUGUCCGUUACACAACUCACCAUCAGUGCCAGCUGCAGUACGGCCCGGACGCCACCUUCUGUCCUGAGGUUGAUAAUGUUUGUCAGAUCCUCUGGUGUUCUGUGAAUGGCACCUGUCGGUCCAAGCUGGACUCCCCCAUUGAUGGAACCCGCUGUGGGCCAGAGAAGUGGUGCAUCUCUGGGGAGUGUGUAGUCGUAGGCAAGCUACCAGAGACGGUGAACGGAGCCUGGGGCCAGUGGAGCACGUGGUCCCACUGCUCCAGGACGUGUGGGUCUGGGGUCCAGUCCGCAGAGAGGGAAUGCAACAGCCCCAAACCAGAGUUCGGCGGCAAGUACUGCACAGGGGAGAGGAAGCGGUAUCGAACCUGCAACACCAAGCGGUGCCAGAAGAACAUCCCCAGCUUCAGGGAGAUGCUGUGCAGCGAGUUCGACACGGUGCCCUACCAGAACGAACUGUACAAGUGGAUCCCUGUGGCCAACCCAGUGGGUCCGUGUGAGCUGCACUGUCGGCCGGUGACGGAGUACUUCUCCGAGAAGAUGCUGGACGCGGUGACGGACGGCACGCCUUGCUUCAUGAACAACAACUCCCGGAGCAUCUGCGUGAACGGAGUGUGCAAGGAGGUGGGGUGCGAUUAUGGGAUAGAUUCCAACGCGGUGGAGGACCGCUGUGGCGUGUGUCUGGGAGACGGCUCCAGCUGUGAGACUGUCUACAAGACCUUCGACGGAGGCGAGGGCUUCGGGUACGUGGACGUGGGUGUGAUUCCCCGAGGGGCCCGAGACAUCCUGGUGCAGGAGGUGGAGGAGGCAGGUAACUUCCUGGCCCUGCGGGGGCCCGAGCCGGAGGACUACUUCCUCAACGGUCACUACAUCAUCCAGUGGAACGGGGAGUACGAGGCCGGGGGCACCACCUUCUACUACGAGCGCAGCGGGAACAUGGAGAACCUCACGGCCCCGGGGCCCACCAAGAACCCUGUCGUUCUCCAGUUGCUGUACCAGGAGACCAACCCUGGUAUAAAGUACGAGUACACCGUCAAGAAGACCCCGACCACCGGGAACGAAGUGACGGAUCCUGUGUACAUCUGGAGAUACGGCGCAUGGACAGACUGCAGCACCACAUGUGGCCAAGGGCAGCAGCAGCAGCCUGCGCGUUGCUUCGAGGUGGACAUGGGCGUGGUGGACGAGACCCUGUGUGACCCCAACGUCCGCCUGGAGGAUCGACACCGCAAGUGCAAGAGCAUGGACUGCCCAGCGAGGUGGUGGGUGGGGGGCUGGCAGCACUGCAGCGCCACCUGCGGGGUGGACGGGGUGCGGAAGCGCACCGUGCUGUGUGUCCGCACCGUGACCGGGGAGGAGAGGGUGCUGCACCCCUUGGACUGCAAGCACCUCCUGAAACCCAAGCCGAUGGUGCCCUGCAGCAGGGAUGUUGCCUGCGGACAGGACUGGGCGGUAGGCGCCUGGGAAGAGUGUCCGGUGUCGUGCGGUGGCGCCGUGCGCUCCAGGUCGGUCACGUGCGUGUUGGCGCCCCGGAAGAGCUGUGACCUCACCACCAAGCCGCGCUCCCGCUCGCUGUGCGCGCUGCAGAGCUGCCCCAACUCCAGCCUGCGCAGACGUCCCGGGCCUCCCACCAAGUACCGCCGCCUCUUCCCGCCCAAAAGCAAGUCCGACACCACCACCGUGCGCCCAAGGGUCCCGACGACACCCGUGACCACCAGCGCGCCGUCCACACCCUCACCCACGUCUCCUCUGUGGGAGACAACCGUCGCCCCUGGCGACGCGACCACUGGAGCGCUUGACGGCGACGACGAUUACGAGUUUGACAUAACGGUGAAGGGGAAUCUGAUCGUGAAGAAGGAGAACGGCGGUAAACCUCCUCCGACGGAAGCCAGCGCUCUAGCGGAGAACCCUGAGGGCAACCGGGCAGAGGAGGAAGAGAAGGACGGGGAAGAGGAGGGAAGCACAGGAGACGGGGUCACCUAUUCCCCCGCCUUUGACUCUGAGAACGAGAAGACGAUGAAUGAGAAGGACAUUAUCGAUCUAGACGUGACACCCGCUGCCAAGAUAGCUGUGGCCCCUAUCCAAUCACCCGGCCCGACCACGCCCCGCUUGCACAUGGCGGUCCCCACGUUGCGUCCAACGCAAGCCCCCGCACGCACCACCAGAGCGCCCGCUACGAAGGCCUACACCACCACCCCACGGGCUACCAUCCACCAUACCAUGGCCGCACAAACCACUCGUCGCUACACCCUCUUUGGACCCCACACAACGCCUUUGAGCGAUCCAUACGUCGACCGGUCACACAGGGUACACCACACAACCACCGCCAAACCCAGGAGCCACUGGGUUCCAUUAAACCAUCACCGACCACCAGCGACACAAGCCCCAGAGUCCUUCACUAAAAGGACCUUCACUUCCACGGACAGACCUCCAACCACCGGGCGCCACGCCAAGCUAAAGAAGCCGGGGGACUCUCCCAAGAAAAACAACCGGACGGCGCCGGAAUCUAAGAGGCACCUGGCUCCCGCCAAAGACGACACCCACCCCGCCAAGCCCAGACCGAGACCCAAGCGUCCCGCGGUCAGCGACUCCAGCGGGAACGAAAGCAACCCGACGGCCGCACGGCCCGCCACCAGGGACGUGUUCUGGGUGGCAGGGAACUGGAGCGAGUGUUCCACGUCCUGCGGGAUCGGUGCGGUGUGGCGGACGGUGGCGUGCAGCUCCCAGAGCGACGAGGACUGCGUGAGCCUGCAGAGACCAGAGCCGGCGCGCACCUGUCACCUGCAGCCCUGCGCCACCUGGCUCAACACCAACUGGACCAAGUGUCCAGAGGACUGUGCGGUGGUUGGCAGACGCCAGCGGGACGUCCAGUGUGUGGAUGCGCAGACGAAACGCCCGCUGAGGCCCUUCCAUUGUCAGGCUUUAUCCAGCCGGCCCCCCAGCUCCCUGCCCUGCCCCCACAGACCGUGCUUGACCUGGGACACAUCACCCUGGGGAGAGUGCUCCCGGAGCUGCGGUGACGGGGCCCGGGAGCGGCAGGUGACCUGCCCGCUGCUCCGGCGCUGCAGCGCCUCCGGGAGGCCCACCAGCACCGAGCCCUGCCCGCCGCGGGCCUGCCCGCGCUGGGAGCCCCGCGGCUGGAGCCCGUGCUCUGUGAGCUGUGGCGGGGGCGUGCAGCAGAGGUUGAUGGAGUGCGUCAGCGUGGAGGACUCGGCUGUGAUGGAUGACGCCCUGUGUGACGAGAUCCCGCGGCCAGACACACAUGGGAAGUGCAAUCUCCAAGAGUGCAAGGACCGAACAGCCGCGCCGUGUAAGAAGAACAACAUCUCCUCUCGCUUCUGUGACAAGCUGAAGCUGCUGGGUCGCUGCUCCAUGCGCUCGGUCCAGAGACAGUGCUGUGUGACCUGUGGGGCAUAAGGCACAGUGCACGCUGACCCCAACCCUCACCUCAAUCCUGACCCCAAAGGCCCCCGAUAUAGCCACAACAAAAUCUAAAUGGGCUUGUUCACGUAGGCUCUCGAACCGCUGUCAAAAUCCAACCAUUUCAACAAAGUGAAAUGACGUCACUGCUAUCUGUGGGCUGUUCAAUAACACGUGUUGCAGCGAGGCUGGACGUAGUCUUCCACAUGGUGCCGUUGACCAAUCGUAGGCAGUGACGUGUCGGUGCGUGUUUGUAAAGGGUUCAGCAAGUUCGGCUGUGAGCCCCCGUCCCUUCACUCACCGUGGCAAUCCAAGCUUGAUGUGGUGCUAUGAUUUUGAUGCAAAAUUGCACGUUUUUUUGUGGGAACAAGACAAUUUCGAUUUUGUUUGAAGAAUAGCAGAUAUGAUCCCUGCAGGGAUCAUAUCCCAUUCCAUGGAAAAAUCCGUGCUCACUACUAAAAACAGACAUACCUCUAGAAGCAAUCAGAGUGCCUAUUUCAAAUUAUAUUCCUAUCAGGAUGGGUUCCUGAGAUAAUUUUCCCUUUAAGCCUCUGUCCAAUAAUUAGUGGACAAAUCAUGUUUUUUAAUCACAUUAUCACAACCUCAAGAAUCUGUGUUUUAGAAGUUGUUACAGAAAUCCAGUGGAAGUAUUUAUUGGACUUAUUGGUGUGCUAUUGUUUUAAAAUGGCAUUCAGCAAUAUUUUUGAAAAACAGAAUUAAUCAAUCGAAAUGCUUAAAUAAAUAGUCUCCCUUUGUCACCUUAAGUCCCCAGGAUGAACUGUGUUCAGUUGAACCCCAAUAAGAAAAUUAGGAAUCAUAAUACUUUGGUGAGCUCAUAAGGGACUAAAAUAUUAUGGAACCCAAGAUAUGAAACCACUGGUCUCUGUUGAAAAAGCACUAUCUAAAUAUGGUUUCUUGUGUUUAUAUUCCUUCCUAGUCACAGCCAGACUUUACUUGAGGAUUAUAUAUAAUUGUAUUAUAUCGUAUAAAAUUGUUAAAUGCAGAAUGUAAAUAUAAAAAAUGGUGCCUUUCUCUACAUAAGAUAAACAAUGAUAGUUACCUUUUUAUACUUUUAGGUUUAGUUUUGCCCUAGCUUACAUCAUUGCUCAUGUUCUGCGAGCUGGAACAAUAAGUUUACACUUGUUACGUGUUGUUUUUCGGGUCAAUAUGCUGUGAUUGUCUAUCAUAUCUUCGGUCAGCGACAGAGCCUGUCCUGUUCCUUAUCCAACCUGCGGUGCUCUUCCUGUGUUUGAUUGACAUUUGAGUUGGACAAAUGAGAAUGAGGUGUUGCGGGUCAUCCCUCUCAGCUCCUAAAGACAGGGGGUGUGUGUUUAUGAAAAUGAAAAGACGAAAGCAUUUACUACUAUUGUUAUUCAAUCGGUCACACAUGUCUCAACCAAUAAAAACCUUUGCCGUGAAA